UUCCCGAUAAGCAAGCGUCUCAUUCAAAUCAUUUUCAUUUCACGACCAGCUUGCCCGGCCCUACUUCACUGAUCCCCUAUCGGCUUACCCAUUGUAAAAAUCUUCGACGCUAUUAUCGAAUCUUUUUAUUCUUUUUACUCUACAGUCUACAGUCCCAACGUUUGAAGUUAAGUCACGCCUCUCUCUUAAAUCUCUGUACAUCGCUUCUUCACUUCUUCUUAAAACCCCUCAAAAGGACUGCCUCAAACAAGGAAAACAAUGGCGUUUUCUGAGUUCAGGCCACUAGACGAGAACUCGCUCAUCGAAUACAUUAAAGCCACGCCGUCUUUGUCAUCGAAGAUCGUCGACAACUAUGAUGGUUUAAAGAUUAAGGAAGUUGGAGAUGGCAAUCUUAAUUUCGUCUACAUCAUCGUUGCCCCUUCUGGUUCUUUUGUAAUCAAGCAGGCACUUCCCUACGUACGACUUAUUGGGGAAUCUUGGCCCAUGACUAAGGAACGAGCAUAUUUCGAAGCGUUGGCGUUAAAACAACAUGGUGCGUUAUGCCCUGAACAUGUUCCUGAAGUUUAUCACUUUGACCGUACCAUGUCCUUGAUUGGAAUGCGGUAUUUAGAGCCGCCCCAUAUAAUCCUUAGAAACGGGUUAAUUGCUGGGAUUGAAUAUCCUUUGUUGGCGGAACAUAUGUCAGAAUACAUGGCCAAGACUCUUUUCUGCACAUCUCUCCUCUAUCGGUCAACCACAGAGCACAAACGUGCAGUGGCCGAAUUUUGUGGGAAUGUGGAACUAUGCAGGCUCACUGAGCAGGUUGUUUUUUCUGACCCCUAUAAAGUAUCUGAAUAUAACCGUUGGACUUCACCUUAUCUUGACCGUGAUGCGGAGACUGUCCGGGAGGAUAAUCUAUUGAAGAUUGAAGUAGCUGAAUUGAAAUCUAAGUUCUGUGAAAGAGCUCAGGCUCUUAUACAUGGAGAUCUCCAUACUAGUUCUGUAAUGGUUACCCCUGAUUCAACUCAGGUCAUAGAUCCAGAGUUUGCAUUUUAUGGACCAAUGGGAUUUGAUAUUGGUGCUUUUAUUGGAAACUUGAUUCUGGCUUUCUUUGCACAAGAUGGGCAUGCUGGUCAAGGGAAUGACAGAAAAUCAUACAAAGAGUGGAUAUUGAAGACAAUUGAGGAUACUUGGAAUCUUUUCCACCAAAAGUUUACCGCACUAUGGGAUGAACACAAAAAUGGCUCUGGGGAGGCUUAUCUUCCUGCAAUUUAUAACAAUCCUGAGCUUCAGAAACUUAUACAGGAAAAGUAUAUGAAGGAAUUGUUCCACGAUACUCUUGGGUUUGGUGCUGCUAAGAUGAUAAGGAGAAUUGUAGGUGUUGCUCAUGUCGAGGAUUUUGAAUCAAUUAAAGAAGCUAACAUAAGAGCAGAUUGCGAGCAACGGGCUCUUGAAUUAGGCAAGACACUUCUGAAGAGGAGGCGAGAGUUUGUGUCGAUUAGUGAAGUUAUUUCAGCCAUGAAGCACGUCCAAUCAUGAUGGAAAUGCUGGAAACUGCUGUGCACGUAUCCAUAAAAGCUUUUGCGCUUAAAUAGAUGGAAGGUUUUACAGGAUCCAUAAUUUAAUAAAGUUUUCAUGGUCCUUGAGGCAUAGGCCUUUGAUUGUGUGUUAAUGAGCAAAGGUUGCUGUCUAUCUAGCAUUAGUGCUGGACCGAACUGGUGCUGUUGCAAAACACCCAAAAUAUAUUCUGCCGAGUCCUAUAGUUUAAGUCAAAUGAAUUUUUUUGUCCUUGUCCUAUAAAGAAUGGAUGGCUCACUUUUUAAAAGCUUUACUACGGUUAGAGGCCUGAGUUAAGUUGA